GGUCACCGCCCCGCUGUCGCUCCUCCAAGUCCCCCGGCACCCCGGCGGCCGCGGCCUCCCGGUCCCCCGCCCGCGGCCCCACGGCUCUGCUCAGCCCGGGCAUCGGGGGCGCGCGACUCUUCUGCCGCGCGAAGCGUGUGUCUCAGCAGCCCAGGGCGCCGGAGAGGGAGCGGCCCCGACCUCGGGGCCACGGCCCUUGCUUCCUUUUCGUUGUCGCGAAACGCCGUGCGCCCCGUAACCGGGGCGAUGGGUGCCAACGAGGACCAGGAGAUGGAACUGGAGGCAUUACGCUCUAUUUAUGAAGGAGAUGAAAGUUUCCGGGAAUUAAGUCCAGUUUCAUUUCAAUACAGGAUAGGUGAAAACGGGGAUCCCAAAGCCUUCCUCAUAGAGAUUUCCUGGACAGAAACCUAUCCGCAGACCCCUCCCAUCAUAUCCAUGAAUGCCUUUUUUAACAACACCAUUGGUGUAUUUCUUGUGCGUUGCAGAUCGUCAGACGUAAAACAGAGCAUACUAGCCAAGUUACAGGAGGCGGUGGAAGUCCACCUCGGGACGGCCAUGACCUACACGCUGUUUGAAUACGCCAAGGACAAUAAGGAGCAGUUCAUGGAGAACCAUCAUCCCGUUCAUUCUGCUACAUCCAUAAGCAAUAUCAUCUCAGUUGAAACUCCUAGCACAGCCCCAUCGAGCAAGAAAAAAGAUAAAAAGGAACAACUUUCAAAAGCCCAGAAACGUAAGCUGGCAGAUAAAACAGAUCACAAAGGAGAACUUCCUAGAGGAUGGAACUGGGUUGAUGUGGUGAAGCAUGUAAGUAUUUUUGAAAUAGCCUUCACAUUUUUCUCUUCCCUGGCCCCUCAGUUUUAGGAUUUCUUUUUUUAAAUAGUGGAAAAUCUAUAGAAGUAAGUUAUAACUACAAUAAAAUGUGACUGUUAAUGUAAGACAUGACUCUAAAUUAUAGAUAAUAUGGAAUUUGAAGGAACAAGUCAUGAAAAGGAGUGCUUUGAUUUCUUAGUGGAGGUGAAGUACUUUUUUUAGGACAGACCCCUAAAUCUGGUUGCCUACCAUCCUCAAAGAAGUUUUUUUGUUUCUGUUGUGCAGAAUUGUUUACUUUCCACUUGGAAUUUUCAGCCCACUUCUCUCAGUAUUUGUCUUGCAUUCCUUGUCAACAGAUCCUAACACAGCGAGUUAAUGCCCUCCCUAUCUGGGAAUUUGUGAAAUGAGUUUUCAUGCCAAUUAGUGUCACUGUGCCCUGUGAAGUAAUUCCUGUGAUCCAAAGUUAGGAUCAAUGAGGACCCACAAAUACGGGUAAUUUAAAAGCAGUGUUUUCUUAGUUUAUUUUGAAGCCAGCUAUUUGGACCUUUUCUGUAGAAACUAUUUGAAGCAAUUUGUGUGGUUCUAAAACCUAGUUCACAAUCAUCUGAGACUGAGGAGCCAUGAGCUGCAAUUGGAAUAAAGAAACUCAGUAUAGACAGACCUCGUUUUCCCGCAGUUCACUUUGCUUCAUCGAUACCGUUUUGUACAAAUUGAAGGUUUGUGGCAAUCUUGCAUUGUCAAAUGAGGAUUUGUAUUUUUUAGCAAUGAAGUAUUUUCUUGAUAAAGGUAUGUACAUUGUUCUUAUACACAUAAUGCAAUAGUAUAGUGUAAAUAUAACUUAUAUUCACUGGGAAGCCAGAAAAUUUGUGUGACUUGAUUUAUUGUGAUGUUUGCUUUACCAUGGUGGUCUAAAACCCAACCCACAAGAUUUGAGGUUGACCUUUAUUUCUUAUCGUCUUCUUGGGCAAGAGUCUGACCCUGCAAUUCAAGAGUUGUAUCAUUUUCAAAAUUGUAAGAAUUGCCUGGGUAAGGUGAUAAAUCUUAACAUUUUUUCUUACCACAAUUUAAAAAUUUUAGAAUUUAUUGUUUGUAAAAAAAAAAACCAAAAAUAUCAUUCAUUUUAUAAAUGGCACCUUUUGUAUACUCUUGUUUCCAAUUUAUUUCUUGGAAAGCUUCAAGGAAUUUUUUUUACUUUUUCUGUUGAGGUUAUGUUAUCAAAGAAUCCUGUUUAAAAUAGCUGAGCCUGAAGUUAAAAAACAUUAGUAUUUCCACGUGGUGAAAUCUUUAGGUGAUACAAGUUACCUGAACCCUGUUGCCUGUUCUGUUAACUAUAAAUGUUGACUUUUGAUUUUACGUGGAAAAAGUGAACUCAGAUAAGACGAUAGCUUAAACUUGUUGAAUAUUUGUUUUCAUCUUUUUUUGUAGUUGAGCAAAACUGGCUCUAAAGACGAUGAAUAGCCCUUGGAAUCCGAGACAAGGGAAGAGCAUCCUUUAAUAAGUAAACGGGGUUCAAAAUCUUUCAUUACUCUUUUCUGGUAUUGAGGUGGCUUUUUAUAAAACAAUUGUUUUGUAUGUUUCUUAUGUAAAAAAAAAAUGUUUCAAGUUGAAAGUAAAGGAAUCUGGUUGUAUUAAAUUAUUUUCACAAACUUGCCUUAAUAAAAGGUGAAAAUGUUACUGUUUAGUAUAAUACUUUAUGGAACCAAUUAUAAACGGACAAAUGCAAGGAAUUAUAAAUAAUCAAUGUCAAUUUAUGUGAUCUUAUUCCGGUGGAUAUGAUAUUUCUUAAAGGAGUUUUAAGCUCUUUUCAAAUUCUUAUCCCAAUGGAGAAUAUGAAUGAACAAUGUGUUCACAGUAUGAUCUGUAUUAAUAGGCUUCUCGUCUUUAAGUCUUUGUUCCUUCCUUCUUUUAAUUACUGAAGCAUAAAUUGCUUCAGAGAGAUUUAAAUACUAGUAUUUGAACUUUAUAUGUAAUAUUCUUUCCAGGUCCUUUUUAUUUUUCAAGGGUGAACUGCUUUUUAAGAAAUAUAUAUCUGUUAAUAUUUCUGAUUUGGGUAAUGAUGUUUGAUCCUGAGAGCUUUCAAUAAUAUGUGGAAUCAGAGAAAGGAAAAAAAAAAGAUCUGCCAAAUACUUUGGAAAAUAUUUGAAUAAAAGUGCUGGUUCCCAUUUAAACCAUUUCUCUUUGCUGCAUAUACCUAGAUGGGAGUAAAAGAUGCCUUAAUAUUUAAUUUUUAUAUUGUUAAAGACAGCGGUUUUAAUAAAUUCCUAUUUAUCCAUUGUGUAUUUUUAGUUGUUUGGUAACUGAGUUCUUCUAAGUGGUUUCACAUAAAACUACAUUUUAAGCCUUGUGCAUUUUCCAGUACCCAAAUGUAUGUCUCAGCCCAGGCAUCCGUGUACAAAUAGACAUAGAAGUCUUUCAAAUGCUGAACUGUAGUACUUGCUGGAUUUUUUUUUUUUAGGUCAUUAACAGAGGAAACUAUUAGUGCAGUUUUAGCAGGAAGUUACUGACAUGUAUGUGAGAUAAUAUAUGCUCCCCAGCUUCAAAAAUACUUAGACUACUGCCGUGGUUUCUGGAAAGGUCAGCUGUUGGUCCCUCAAGUUAUACCUGUGCAGCUUGGGUCUGAGUUUCUAAAGAAUCAUAAACUUUUAAAGACGUUUCCUUAGCAAAAGAGGAGAUUGUCGUAGCCGUGGUUUUUGCUAGGUUCACAUAGGUGUCAGUUUAAUCGCUUGAAUUCUAACGUAAGCAUAACUACAGUGAAGAAGCUCAGUCUCAUUUUUAAAUGCUGAAUCACAUUUUUAUUGCUUGGAUUAAUCCAAUGGAGACAUCAAAAUUGAGGACCACUGGAACACGCUAACUUUUGUUUUCGUGUUGUGUGCGUAAUUUCUGUUGUGCCAAUUUGCUUGUUUUUUGAAGAAACUGAAAUUGCUACGUCUGCUAGUAGGAAAAAAUGCUUUGUUUUAUGCAGAAGAUUCUGAAAUUAUUCAGGUGUGUCGUGGUUCAUAGAUUACAAAGAAUGAUGCUAGUUAAAUGCCAAUGAACUAUUUUUACUCUUUUUAUAUGAAAUGUACAAAUUCCGGGGGACGAUGGUGGCAGCGGUGCGUCUUCCUACCUUACAUAAAACUCUUGAACAUCCUCAUCAAGGUUGCCAUCAUCUGGUUAAUCCUCCCAGUAUAUUUUCUCAAAGUCUGUUUACGUAAAAUUGUAUGGAAUGAUGUAACAAGCAAUAAAACCUGAAUCACACCCAG